CCGGGAGCACCUCCCUCCGCCGGACGGUGGCCGCGCGGGGCCGUUUCGCGCUCUCCCAUGGCGGAGCGGGAGGAUGUCGCUGGUGCUGGGGCUGCUGUCGCACACGCUGAGCAGAGUGCUGCGGUACUCCGGGCUGCGUAGGGGCUGCCAUGCCCCGCCCCGCAGGGCCAUGGAGCAGGACAAGGCGCUCGAGGUUUACGAUAUCAUCCGAACCAUCCGGGACCCGGAGAAACCAAACACGUUAGAAGAACUGGAAGUGGUGACGGAAAGCUGUGUCAAAGUGAAUGAGAUUGGUGAGGAGGAGUAUCUGGUUGUCAUCAGGUUCACACCAACAGUACCUCACUGCUCUUUGGCUACUCUCAUUGGAAAACUUCAAAACAAAGCGGCUCUCAAAAAUCUAUUCAGAAGCUGUAUGGAACACAGUGUGUGACCUAUGAAGUUCCUCAUUCUCUUGCAGGAAAAGGUUAUGGUGAUUAUUUUAAAUAAUCAGGAAGCAUGUGUAAGAAUGGAGGCAGUAAACAGUUGUUUUCUUGAUUUUGUUCUUUUUUUCCCAAACGUCCUCAUCUGCACAGAGUUCUCUGAACUGCUUUGGGUGCGUUUGCUGUUAGCACUGGCUCACCUGAGCACAAACCAGGGCUGCAGCGUGGCUGUGGCUGUCCAUGUGCAGCUCAGUGUGGAGCCAGGUUGUGGGGAGACGUGCAGCAGUAGGGCUGUCCCCUAGCUGGGGUGUUGCUCUCCAAGACAAACUGCAGUUCUCUGCUCAGUCACUUUGGAGACUUUCUCAGCAGUACUCCUUGUUAUAUACAAAUCCAUACUAGCAUAUUUUUGAAGCAAAAUUUGAAUGCUGAUUGUUGAUGCACAGCUUUUUUUCUUAUUCCAGCAGCUUAUUUUUUGGUAGAUUUAUUUGGCCCCAAGGAUGACAUUUUUUGUGUGCUAUUUUCAAUUAUUUUCCAGUUCUGCAUGUUAGACAUCUGAAAUAGUGAAGUUAUAAGCUUGAGUUCCAAAUUGUUGCAGGCAGGCCUUGCAACUAUUCUCCCAACAUUUUGUUUUGAGGUUUUAACAAAAACAAGCUAAGCAUUCUUCUCAGCACAGAGACAGCCACAACAAUAGCCAGGAAGCUCUAUCAAAAAGGCAGAAGGCUGGAAAUGGUGGAAUUUGCACGCAUUCAGUGUUUCUCAGGGAUGCUGGGGACCAAAACUUCCUAAGUUUGUAAGGCAGGUAUGAGCUCAACUGAGAGACUGCCUGAAAAGGGUCGGCGAUGUGAUUUGGUCUCCUCUGUGGCUUUUGUUGCUCAGAGUGCAGCAGGAGAAGGUUGCCAGGUACAGUGGUGGGUCUGAUUGUUAAAUAUGUGUUCUCUGAAAGUGCACCUCAAAACCUUGAAUUUGACAGGAACGUCUCUUAAUCUGUUUUGUU